AUGAAGCUCUUUAUUAAUGAAAUUUACUCAAAUGCUGUGACUAAAAAUAUAUAUUUUCUGAAAUGGCUUGAAAUAUACUUGGAUGAAUAUAUCUCUGCUGACUUGUCUGCUAUACAUAACAAAUAUGAUGAAAAGUGGUCAACGGUUGUAAGAUUGAAAGAGAAUUAUGAUCAAUCUGAGCAACUGACAACUGUACAAACUGAACUUGAGGGAAUAUCAGAGGAACUUCAAGAUGCAGCCUUUGGUUUGGAGCACAUCAUGAGGGAGAUCGGUCAGAUCUAUGAAUCAUGUUCAUCUGUGAGGAAAAUUAAGAAAGACCUGCAGGUUCACUUCUCUUCUCUCCCGAGUCUUGCAGCAGAGAUGAUGAUCUCUGGAUUUCCACUGGAGCUGAUGGAUGGAGAUGCUGCUCAUGUUCCUGUGAUCUGGAUCUCUGCUGUUCUAGAUCAACUCGUCCAGAAACUGGGAGACCAGAGAGUCUUUGUGCUGUCAGUUUUAGGGAUCCAGAGCUCUGGGAAAUCCACUAUGCUGAAUGCUAUGUUUGGACUGCAGUUUGCCGUCAGUGCCGGCAGGUGCACCAGAGGAGCUUUCAUGCAGCUGAUCAGAGUCUCAGACGAGAUGAAAACACAGAUGAACUUUGACUAUAUUCUGGUUGUUGAUACUGAGGGUCUUCGUGCUCUAGAACUGGCCGGAAGAUCAACAAGUCAUCAUGACAAUGAAUUGGCCACAUUUGUUGUAGGUCUUGCAAAUCUGACCUUGAUCAACAUCUUUGGAGAAAACCCAACUGAAAUGCAGGAGAUUCUUCAGAUUGUUGUUCAGGCCUUCAUGAGGAUGAAGAAGGUCAGACUGAAUCCCAGCUGUGUGUUUGUGCAUCAGAACGUUUCAGACAUCACAGCUGGAGAGAAAAGUAAGGAGGGAAGGAGACGACUGCAGAAGAAUCUGGAUGAGAUGACAAAACUCGCUGCUAAAGAGGAAGUUUAUGAUGCAGAAUAUUUCAGUGAUGUCAUUGCAUUUGAUGCUCGGAAUGAUGUGAAGUACUUUGCUCAUAUCUGGGAGGGCAGCCCACCCAUGGCACCAUCAAACCCAAAAUACUGUGAGAAUAUUCAAGAACUAAAGGAAACUAUUAUGUCUCAUGCAGCAAAAUCAGAUAAAAUGAUGUUGGCACAUUUAAAAUUUUCUGUUAAAGAUCUCUGGGAGGCUUUAUUGAAGGAGCGAUUUGUCUUCAGCUUCAGAAAUUCUCUGGAGAUUUCA